AUGGAGAUUGGUUUUGUCAAGUUGCUCCGCAACACGGAGUUGUCCGCCGUUCUACACGGACUAGUCCCCGUGGUCUGGUUCUUGACUUCCCUGCCAGCUUUCGUCGUCACCAUUCAGCAGAGACCUGGCCGUCAAAGAUGGUUUCUGCUACCUUUCAACGUCGCCGGACCCAUUAUCUGUUUCCUACAGGUUGGCAGGCUUAAGGCAGGUCUUGACUGGCUUUGGGCUUUCACGUCUAUCAUUUACAUUUUUCAUGCGACUUCGGGCCUUUAUCUUGAACAAUGGACUAUUCCUGAUACCGCAUCACGGUCAGGAGAUUUCUCGGCAGAGAGACUCUACGCUUCAGUGAAGGCAUGGAACAACCCUCGUCGGCUACCGCUUCGUGUAUCCACACCUCAACGCCUCUUUACUCGACGCCAGCGGGCUUACUUUACUUUUCGCAAGCUGGGCCUAAUCUGUAUUCACUGGGGCAUCUAUCUUGCCACUGAUGUCGGCACCUUAUUUCUCCUACGACCGGCCCCUAGGGAAUUCGCACCACCAGGCUAUUUCCAUUUCGCCCUCGACCGCGCAGCUCUUUUGCGGACAGCAUACUCUUUCCAGUGGGCCUGGCUGACAUACUUCAUUCUCACCGUCGCGAAUGCCAUCGUCGCCAUAUUUUUCGUCAGCAUCCUGCAGCUAGAUGAACCAGACGAGUGGCCAUCCCUCUGGGGAAAUCUCCUCCAAGUCCACAGCAUCAGAAGCUUCUGGGGCGUGUUCUGGCAGAACAUUGGAAGCCCGUCGCAAUUGACAUACGGGCGCUUCUUCACCCGAAACCUGCUAGGCCUAAAGUCUAAAGUCACGGCAGAGAAAUCGUUUCUGGCAUUCUUUGUCUUCAUGAUGUCGGGGACGAUCCACGCUGCGACCAAUUGGAUGACGAGGAACACAGCUCCUGUUGACGACAUCUAUGGAGACAUGGUUUUCUUGCUUUUGAACUUUGCGGGCGGAUUAUUGGAAGUUUUGGUGCAGAAACUUGUUUAUACCAGGCUAAAGAUGAAUAAGGGCAAGGAAAAUUCAGGUACCGCGUACUCCGUUGUUCGCAGAGCGUUUGGGGUCUUCUGGGUGUUUGUUUUCUUUUAUACCAUUGUACCCCCUUGGCAGUUCCCUUACAUUGAGGCAGACUUUCGGCGCCGCUUUGUGCCUUUCAGGAUGAACGUUCAGCUUCAAAGACCUCAGUUACCAUAA